CUUGAGAAGAGUUGAUCUCAUAAGCAUGAGAGAGAGAAAGAGAGAGAGAGAUUUGGUUUCACACAGAUUUCUCACUUUCUUGUUUCAGCUGACUUUGAUGAAGUUUGGAAAAGAGAGAAUUCCAUUUGGUGCCCCAUUCGUCAAACGAAAAAAUGUUAUCUCAUUAUCAGAACAGAUACAGCAACUUUCUCUUGUCAAGAGCAAUCUUGCUGACAUCAAAGGGCAAAGUGUAACUGAGAAGUUGAUCUCAAAGUCUUUGUUCUUCAUCAGCACUGGUAGCAAUGACCUGUUUGGAUAUUACCAUUCAAACAGUUCCUUCUCCAAGGAAGCUUUCCUAUCGUCUUUAGAACUUGCUUAUGAGAAGCACUUGAAGAGUUUGAUUGAACUUGGAGCAAGGAAGUUUGGCAUUAUCAGCAUUGCCCCGAUCGGAUGCUGUCCAUCUCAGAGGAUUUACAAUGCUACUGGGGGGUGUUUGGAGGACUUGAACGAUCUCGCAAUCGCUUUUCAUGAAAGGUUGGAUGCCCUCUUGUUCAAGCUCAGCUCACAACACAAGAGCAUCAAGUACUCACUUGGAAAUGCAUUUGGGAUGACAAUAAAUGUCAUUCAGAACCCUCUUCCAUUCAAUUUUACUCAAGUGGAAGCUGCGUGUUGCGGAGCUGGGAAGCUCAAUGCUGAAUCCUUCUGUAUUCCACAAGCCAAACUUUGCUCGAAUCGCAACAAUUACUUGUUCUGGGAUCUAUUUCAUCCAACACAGGCUGCUUCUAAGUUGGCAGCCGUGACCCUCUACAAUGGUGGACCACAAUUCGUAUAUCCGAUUAAUUUCGCUCAGUUGGCCAAGGCUUAAAGAGUAGCCAUGUUGAAAUGAUCAAUUUAUCCCCGGAAGCAAACUAUUUUUGCCUAUUUUUAAACUUUUGUUCUGUUAUAGUAUGGUUGUAUUAGAAAGAAAAAAAUAAUGAUUGAAACUGAAUUGAUAAGUUAUGUAAGCAGAUCUUGAUUUUCUGCUUCUGAAAGAUUCAAUCUGUAAUAAAGAGCUCAUUAUGAAUAUCAGCAAAAACCCAAUUCCACAGA